CUCUCUCUCCUCUCACUGAAGCUAUGGGCUCGCAAUGUUGCUUCGGAGGCCUCAAACUCGCUUCUUCCUCCAUUCUCACACCCCUCCCCAGAACCCUAACCCUAGCCCUCCUCCUCCUCCAUCGCCACCGCCCGUCCCGUAGACCCCCACUUCCACUCACCGUCAGAGCUCUCUCCUCUCCGGCUAUCCAAACUGCUCCCUCCAUGUUCCCCGACGAAAAAGUUGUUAAGCCUCAAUGGAAAGCGUCGAUAGAUUUCAAGUGGAUACGGGACAACAAGGUGGCGAUGGCAGCCAACAUUGAGAACCGGAAUUCCAGUGCUAAUUUGGAACUUGUUCUUGAACUCUAUGAGAAAGUGCUAACUGUUCAGAAGGAAGUUGAACAGCUUCGUGCUGAAAGGAAUGUGGUUGCAAAUAAGAUGAAAGGAAAACUGGAACCUGCUGAGCGUCAAAAGCUAAUAGAAGAAGGAAAGAAUUUGAAGGACAGACUUGUUUCUGUAGAAGAAGACUUGCUUAAACUUACAGAUAAGCUUCAGCAGGAAGCACAGCGAAUACCAAAUAUGAGCCAUCCAGACGUUCCAGUAGGAGGGGAGGAUUGUUUUGUGUUAAGAAAAAUGGUUGGUAGCCCUCGGGUGUAUCACUUCCCUAUUAAAGAUCACCUUCAACUUGGGAAGGACCUUGAUCUCAUGGACUUUGAUACUGCUGCAGAGGUCAGUGGGUCAAAAUUUUACUACCUCAAGAAUGCAGCAGUUCUACUAGAGAUGGCCCUUGUCAACUGGACAAUCUCGCAACUCAUGCGAAGGGGAUUUACACCUCUGACAACCCCAGAAAUUGUGAGAUCUUCCAUUGUUGAAAAAUGUGGCUUCCAGCCUCGUGGAGAAAAUACCCAGGUUUAUUCUAUAGAGGGUAGUGAUCAAUGCCUCAUUGGCACUGCAGAGAUUCCGGUGGGAGGAAUUCAUAUGGAUUCUAUUCUUGCAGAGACGUCAUUACCUUUAAAGUAUGUGGCUUUAUCCCAUUGCUUUCGUACUGAAGCUGGUGCUGCAGGCACAGCGACAAGGGGUCUUUAUCGAGUCCACCAGUUCACCAAGGUAGAGAUGUUUAUCCUUUGCCGGCCUGAGGAAAGUGAAUCUUACCAUGAGGAGUUAAUUGGAAUUGAAGAGGACCUCUUCUCGUCACUAGGCUUCCAUUUCAAAACUUUGGAUAUGGCUUCAGGAGAUUUAGGUGCACCUGCUUAUCGAAAGUUUGAUGUGGAGGCAUGGAUGCCGGGAUUAGGACGUUUUGGUGAGAUAUCAAGUGCAUCAAACUGUACAGACUACCAAAGUCGCAGACUUGGGAUACGGUACCGUCCAGAAGCCAUGUCAACAAAUCCCAAAAAGGGUAAAGGCAAUCUUCCUCCACCGGAGUUUGUGCAUGCGUUAAAUGCCACAGCCUGUGCUGUCCCGCGGAUGAUUGUAUGUUUGCUCGAGAACUAUCAAGAAGAAGAUGGUUCUGUUGUUAUCCCCGAGCCAUUGAGGCCCUUUAUGGGUGGGCUUGAGGUCAUUAGGCCGAAGUCCCGAUAGGGAAAUCUGAUACAAGAUGCAUUUUUAAAAAAAAAAAAGAGACUGAAUUUGCGUUGUUACUUGAAUGAUUAGUUUUGGCAAAUUCAUGUGACUUAGUUCAUCAAAGGGUUGCAGUUGGUGGGAAGUUGAGUUUGUUUACUGAAUCACACAUUGCUUUCAAAUUUUGAGUUAAAUUCAGUUGUCUUUUUCUUUUCCUUUGGGGGGUUUCUCGGAUCUUGACAUGAGCAUGGACCGAAUUUGUUAGAUUUUAUGAGAAAUAGGGAACUAAGGAUCAAAGGAUUUUAAGAACCGAAGUACUAAACUGUAAAACCUAUACGACUGUAUAACCUAUACGACUAACCAAUCCAAACUUGUAGAUAACAGUUCAGUUCCAACCUUUGAAUUCCGGUUCUUUUUUCUAGUAAAGAAACUUGAACUUGGUUACAAACAAAUCAAAUUUGUGUAGAAUCGAAAGAGAACUUAUUUUAUAGGGUUAUCCCAGUUGAAAUAUAAAAUCUGCUUACAUCAAGAUAACUGCAGCUCGGACGGAUUCCAAAUCGAAACUGUGCCAUAAAUUCGCUAACUAGACUGUUCAAUUCGGUUCUCUCAAUUUCUGGACUGGAAUCAGAUGGGACUACUAAAAAGCAAAAAAAAAAACGCAGUUUCAACGGUGUUUUGCUCACCUGUUCAUGAAUCUCAAUACAUUCCUUCUUUCUUUUU